CUCCACUAGACACCUUAAUGUGGGAUACUUUAGCUAGAACCUUCUUACUUAAACACAGUUUUUAAAAGUAAUGAGGGGAACAGUUUGGGUCUGAAGCUGGUGAGGCUGAAAGUUGGCUGGAUGAAUGUGUGAAACAGAAGAAUCUGAGUUUGGGAAUGACGCGUGUGCUGUGACUGCUGAAAGUGAAAGUGAAGCUGGCGAACCAGACUGAGGACAACAAACAGGAGACUUUACAGAAAAGACAAAAUGGCUUCUAAACAUGAAGAGGAUCUCACGUGUCCUGUGUGCUGUGACAUCUUCAAGGAUCCCGUCAUUUUAUCCUGUGCUCACAGUGUGUGUAAAGCCUGUCUGCAGCAGUUCUGGGAGAGCAAAGGAUCCAGAGAAUGUCCCUACUGCAGGAGGAAGUGCUCAAAAGAUUUGUAUCCUCCUAGCAAGGCGUUAAGGAAUCUGUGUGAGACCUUCUUACAGGAGAGAAGUCAGAGAGCUUCAGCAGGGUCUGAGGUGCUCUGCAGUCUGCACAGUGAGAAACUCAAGCUCUUCUGUCUGGAUGAUAAACAGCCUGUGUGUUUGGUGUGUAGAGACUCCAAAAACCACACUGGCCAUAAAUUCCAUCCUAUAGAUGAAGCAACUCUUGACUGUAAGGAGGAGCUCAAGAUCAAACUGCAGCUCUUACUGGAGAACAAGAAGACUUUGGAGGAGGCUAAAGUGACCUGUGAUAAAACAGCAAAACACAUCAAGACUCAGGCCCAUCACACAGAGAAGCAGAUCAAGGAGGAGUUUGUGAAGCUUCACCAGUUUCUACGAGAUGAAGAGGCAGCCAGGAUAGCUGCACUGAGGGAGGAAGAGGAGCAGAAGAGUCAGAUGAUGAAGGAGAAGAUUGAGAAGAUGAGCAGAGAGAUCUUAUCUCUUUCAUACACAAUCAGAGCCAUGGAAGAAGAGAUUGGAGCUGAUGACAUCACAUUACUGCAGAACUACAAGAGCACAGUGGAAAGAGCCCAGUGCACACUGCAGGAUCCAGAGAGGGUUUCAGGAGCUCUGAUCAAUGUGGCAAAGCACCUGGGCAACCUGAAGUUCAGAGUCUGGGAGAAGAUGCAGGAGAUUGUUCAGUACACUCCUGUGACUCUGGAUCCCAACACUGCAAAAUCCAAUCUCAUCCUGUCUGAGGAUCUGACCAGUGUGAAAUGGGGUGAUGAGAGGCAGCAGCUUCCUGAUAACCCAGAGAGAUUUGAUCACUUUGCCAGUGCCCUGGGCUCUGAGGGCUUUAACUCAGGGACUCACUGCUGGGAUGUGGAGGUUGGAGAGAACACACAGUGGAGUGUGGGUGUGAUGACAGAGUCUCUCCAGAGGAAGGGAGACUACACCUCCACAAGUGGAUGGUGGUGUGUUGGGUGUAAUGAUGAUAUAUAUGGAGCAUGUGCUACACCACAGACCCUCACUCUCCUCACAGUGAAGCAGAAACUCCAGAGGAUCAGAGUGCAGCUGGACUGGGACAGAGGAGAGCUGUCAUUCUCUGACCCUGAUAAUAACACCCACCUACACACUCUCACACACACUUUCACUGAGAGAGUGUUUCCGUACUUUAAUGGCUGUCGGAUGUCUCCUCUGAGGAUCUUACCAGUGAAGGUUUCAGUAACAGUAGAGCAGCCCAGUCACAUUGCUAAAACUAGUUAUCUAAAAACCAUGAGAAUUAUUCAUUUUCUAUUAAGAUAAACAAAAAAAUCUAGUUUGUUUUGUUUUAGUAUAAAGAAAUUUAGCAAUUUCUCGUUAAAUCAUUUGACUCCAUUUAAAAAGAGU